AUGAGGUUACUCGUGCUGUUUGCCUUGUUGGGGCUUUCGACAGCCGCCGUUUACAAAUCGAAGAUGAUCUAUCGAAAGUGGAAAAUGACGAAAAUGAUUCGAGAGGGAACUUGGCUCGAUUAUAAAGAGAAAGCUAGAGCAUCUGGAGUGACGAAAACGACAAAAUAUGGAAAUCUAGCUGCUGUAAUUUUCGAUACAGCAUCUGGCACUCUUUGGGUACCAGAUCAAGAGUGCGGUACACUACCAGAUGAUUGUCAACAAUGUCUUCAAUUCGACGAAUUCGAUUGCUUCUUCGAUUGUAAAGAUCCGUUCUGUUGUGACACGAUCACUCUCGGAAAACGAUUUAAAGAAGCGGCUAAACGAUUCGGAGCCUGUCUUCGAAAACACAAAUUCGAUCAAUUCCAAUCGUCGACUUUUGCGCCUUUUCCUGGAGAUGGUUGGCAAACGAGCGAGGCUUAUGGACGAUUGGGAAUGGAGACUUUUAGAUUUGGAGCCGCUAAUGAAUCUCAGCUCGUCGUCCCGUUAGUCAACUUUGGGCAGGCUCUCGAUGUGGCUGAUGGUUUCUACAACGAUCCAGCCGACGGAGUUCUCGGCUUAGGAUUCACCGCACUCGCCGUUGAUCACAUCCUUCCACCGUUCAUUUCAGCUGUCAAUCAAAAGCUAGUCGACCAGCCAAUUUUCUCGGUUUUCCUCCAAACGGACGGUCAAGUCGAGGGUCAACCGGGCGGUGUGUUCACAUGGGGAGGAAUCGACACGGAUAAUUGUCAAGAUGUGUGGGCAUGGAUGCCCCUACAAGCAGCUGAUUACUGGGUUUUCAAGGUAGUAAUCUAU